AUGAUGCUUCAACCCUCCCGAGUCGCGUUGCGGGCCGCUCAGGCAAAGGCAGGCAUCUCUACCUCGAUGAGUCGAUCGGCCACCCGCGCUUUUUCGACUUCGUUGGUACAGAACAAGGACGUGCAGAACAUCACAGUCUUCGGAGCCGGUCUCAUGGGUGCCGGUAUCGCACAAGUGCUGGCUCACAAGGGCAAGUUCAACGUCACCCUCUCGGACGUGACUGACAAGGCGCUUGCGAACGGCCAGACUAUCAUCUCCAAGUCGCUCGGUCGCAUUGUCAAAAAGUCCAUGGCUGAGGCCAGCGCUGAAGAGCAGGCUCAGUACGUCAAGGGCAUUGUCGACUCGAUCAAAGUGACCACUGACCCCGAGGCGGCUGUCAAAGAUACUGACUUGGUCAUCGAAGCCAUCAUCGAGAACGUCGGCAUCAAGAAGGAUCUGUUCGGCUUUCUCGACGGCAAGGCCCCCAAGGAUGCACUGUUCGCAUCCAACACCAGUUCGCUUUCCAUCACCGACGUCGCUGAGGCGGUCUCUGCUCAGAGGCAAGAACUAUUCGGAGGCUUCCACGCCUUCAACCCUGUUCCGCAGAUGAAGCUCGUCGAGGUCGUUCGCACCACUAAAACGAGCAACGACACUUUUGACUCCCUCACCGAGGUGGCAAAGCGCAUGGGCAAGACGCCCGUCGCCUGCAUUGACUCGCCCGGUUUCAUCGUAAACCGACUACUUGUCCCUUACAUGCUCGAGGCUAUCCGUCUUGUCGAGCGAGGUGAGGCCACUGCCAAGGAUGUUGACAUUGCCAUGAAGCUUGGUGCUGGAUACCCCAUGGGUCCCUUUGAGCUGGCUGACCUGGUCGGUCUCGACACACUCUCGCACAUCGCCAAGGGCUGGAGGGAGACUCGUGUCAAGACGGGUGAGAUCAAUGCCGACGCCGUCUCGGAGUCCAAGCUGCUCGAAGAUCUGGUCAAGCAGGGAAAGCUUGGCAAAAAGAGUGGUGAGAAGGGUGGCUUCUACGAGUACCCUGCUCCUCCUAAGAAGUAA